AUGGAAGAAGCAUUGGCUAAUUUGAAUUUGCUUAAUGAAGAAGAGGAGGCUUUCCAAGAGGACGUAAGGACUGUUGACCAUGUUUAUUCACUUUGUCUAGUGGGUUGUUGUUUAACUGAUAGCGUCGUUCAUUUCCCUUCACUUCGGAAUACUUUGGCGGAUCUUUGGCACCCUAUCAAAGGUAUUUGUAUAUCAGAUUUGGGGGGCAAACGGUUCCUCUUUCAGUUCUUCCACGAGGUGGAUAUCCAAAGGGUGCUUUUGGGCACACCUUGGUUUUUUAAUAUCCAUUUACUCUUGCUUCAUAGGAUUCAGCCGGGAGAGAAUCCUUUGUUAGUCCCCUUAAAUCUGGCUAAUUGUUGGGUUCAGAUUCAUGAUCUUCCUCCAGGUUUAAUGACGGUUAGUAUGGCUGAGCAGUUUGGGAAUUUUUUAGGUCAGUUUCUGGACUAUGAUAUGUCGUUUUCGUCAAAGGGAUUUCACACCUUCAUGCAUAUUAAGGCUCGUCUGGAAGUGUCAAAGCCUUUAAAACGGAAAAAGAAAAUUCUUAUUUUAACUGAUAGAGUUAUCUAUGCCAGAUUUCAGCAUGAAAAACUCAGCCUGUUUUGUUUUAUUUGUGGCAAACUGGGCCAUGGUGAAAGUUUUUGCCCGUUUCGAACCAGUAUUGAACCUUCUAAAAUUGGUUUUGGACGGGAUAUUACCUUAUGGGCGGCAACACGACGGCAAUCAGUCUCUGCUAGCAAGUGGUUGCAGGACGCAGAUGGUUCAGACUAG